AUGGCUGGUUCAAUCUUAGCGGGCACUUUGUUCUUCUUGAUUCUUCUCAUCACGUCGGCUCAAGCAGCCAACGAUUCUGUGAUAUAUCUUUCCGAUCUUUAUCUAGACCCACAAAACGAUCCAUGCAACGCUCUUGGGUAUAUCGCUAACAAUACGCUCACUGCUGUCGCCUUUGUUUAUGUGCUGUUGGUCGUCCUCAUUCAGACUUGUCAAGUAGUCUAUAACGGCGGGCAGUUCAUGUUGUCCAUGGUUAUCGGGGAAUACAGCACGUUGCAGUCUUUUGCUUUCUAUGCUCUCGGCUUUGCAUUUCGCUUCACUUUACAUUACAGCCCUGACUCAUUGUGGAUUUUCAUUUCCGAAGACUUGAUGAUUGUAUUGUCUCCCUGUUCCUUCAUUGCUGCGAAUUAUGCUCUUCUUGGGCACCUUGCCGGUGAAAUCGGCUGUGGUCAUUACGUCUUGCUUUCAGUGAGGUGGCUCACCCCCAUAUUCAUCUUGUCUGACGUGACUACCCUUGUAAUCCAAGUUUCAAAGGCAUCAACGGGACUUCAUAUUUUGUUGGCCGGCCUCUCCGUACAACUGUUCUCCUUCGGUUUCUUUUGUGCCGUUUAUGCACGAUUCCUCUACAAGAUCUACACUGAGGAACAGGAUGUCUGGGUGCGAGACUCAAAACAACCCUGGUAUAGCGACUGGCCAACACUCGCCACUGCCUUGGCGGUCAGUUGUAUCGGAAUUCUGGUUCGUUCUGUCUAUCGUGUUGUGGAAGCUAGUCAGGGUUUCCGCGGCAAUCUCAGCACAAGCGAGACAGCCUUCUAUCUGGGUGAUAUGAUUUCCAUUUGCUUGGCUAUCUUUGUGUAUGUUCCAUUCUGGCCUGGAAGGUUCAUAAAGAAUAGCAGUCAUCCCUCUUCUAGUGUGACCCUUGAGCAAGGUGCCGGAAUCGGUGCCUGCGGAAAUUUCCGGCAUCAAGCGUCCAGUUGA